GCAUGUGGCAGCCAGACUACAAAAAUACUACCGUCUUGUUUUGGAGCAUGACGGCACCUGCGUAGUCAUACUGACACUCUGGAGUGAAGAUGACACACUGUGUGGAUCUGGAACGCUGCUGGAACUUUCCAGCCCAGGGUAUAAAAGCAGAGCGGUGGGUCUUACAAGCCAGACUCAGACAGAGAGACCACCCACUACUGCAAAGCACAGCAGCCACCGAAGAGUAGCAGCAGCCACUGAAGACCAACAGCAGCCACUGAAGAGCAGUAGCAGCAGCCACUGAAGACCAACAGCAGCCACCGAAGAGUAGCAGCAGCCACCGAAGUGUAGCAGCAGCCACCAAAGACCAGCCCUUCAAGAUGCUUUGCCCCAGCACAUUUCAGUCUCCACUCAGCCCCUUCAUGGACUUCCACUGGCCAGUACGUAGCCUCUGGCCCGAGACCAGGCCUCUCUUCUUCCAGAUCGAGCAGGAAAUGAUCAGACACAUGCAAGAGAUGAGGCACAACCUGGAGUUCAUGGACCGCCUCCACAGGAGGAUCUUCGACGAGAUCGACCACGUCGCCCCUUCCGUAACCUUCAAACCAAUCUCAUUCCAGCUGGGAGGAGAAGGCGACCGCUUUGCACUGAAUCUGGACACCAAAGACUUCCACCCAGAGGAGCUGUCCGUCAAGCAAGUGGGCAGAAAGCUGCGAGUGAGCGGCAAGACGGAGAAAAAGCAGGACGACGGAAAGGGAUCGUACUCUUACAGAUGCCAGGAGUUCCGUCAGGAGUUCGACCUUCCCGAGGGUGUGAAUCCCGAGGCGGUGACCUGCUCUUUAAAUAACGGCCAGCUGCAGAUACAGGCGCCCAAAGAGAGCUCUGCUGGUGAAAAGGAGAGAGUGGUACCCAUCACAUACACUGCUGCGGUGAAAAGCCCACCGCCGGCUGUGAAGAGCCCACCAAUACCCGAGGUCCAGGAGGUCCCAGAAGAUUCCUCCCCAAAAAACUGACCUGACCUGACCCCAGUAUCCUCAGCCCGUGCUGAGAAAUGACCAUGAGGUUCUGCUGAACGUGCACAUAUAAUUUAUUAUGAUUUAUUGUUGUAGCCAUGUGUUCCUGACUGUUGUCUACUUCUUGUUCCUUCCCGAUUGUUUUAAUUGUCUAAAAUGUUGAGUUUAAAAGUUGAGCUAACCUCUAAACCUCUGCUACAUAACAGUUUAAUGGUUGGACUGUGAAAUAUAUUACUGAAAGUUGGAAUUUUUACUGGAAUUUAACUGGUUUAUUAACUUUGUACAAUAAAGUAUGAAGUUUAGGUUUAAUCCUAAAA